AUGGAGAUGGUCCUCAUCUUCACCUUCUGCCUGAUUCUAGCUGGUACUGAUGCUGUAACUACAGUAACUGGAUACAGAGGACGAUCAGUCCAGAUUAAAUGUCCCUACACAUCUGGAUAUGAAAAGAACAACAAGUUUCUCUGCAGAGCCAAAGUCUUCACCGUCACCAUCACUGAUCUGAGACCAGAGGAUGAAGGAACUUACUGGUGUACGAUAGGGAAGACAGGGUAUAAUAAAUACACAGAGAUUCUACUGCAGGUUAAAACAGAAGUUCCUGCCAUGACUACUGUCUCACACACCACACACUCCACUUCAACACACUCCAUGAAUGAUCCUGCCAUGACUACUGUCUCACACACCACACACUCCACUUCAACACACUCCCUGAGUACAUCAGUACAUGCUGAGAGCACACACUCAACAACAGGUUAA